CUUCCCCCUUCGGCUCACGUCUCUGCGCCUCCACGCGACGGUCCUUUCCCCGUGCUGCCGAACGGCCCAACGUGUUCGGCGAAGAUGGCACUCUACAAUUUCAAGAAGAUUAUGGUGGUCCCCACCUCAAAGGAGUUCAUCGACAUCACGCUGUCCAAGACGCAGCGCAAGACGCCCACGGUGGUGCACAAGCACUACCAGAUCCACCGCAUCCGCCACUUCUACAUGCGCAAGGUCAAGUUCACGCAGCAGAACUACCACGACCGCCUCACGCAGAUCCUCACCGACUUCCCCAAGCUGGACGAUAUUCACCCGUUCUAUGCUGACCUGAUGAACGUCCUGUACGACAAAGACCACUACAAGCUGGCCCUGGGCCAGAUCAACAUCGCCAAGAACCUCAUCGACAACGUGGCGAAGGACUACGUGCGGCUGAUGAAGUACGGCGACUCUCUGUACCGCUGCAAACAGCUGAAGAGGGCGGCUCUGGGGCGCAUGUGCACCAUCCUCAAGAGGCAGAAGCAGAGUCUGGAGUACCUGGAGCAAGUUCGCCAGCACCUGUCUCGUCUGCCCACCAUCGACCCAAACACCAGAACCCUGCUGCUGUGUGGCUACCCCAACGUGGGCAAGUCCAGCUUCAUCAACAAGGUGACCAGGGCUGAUGUGGAGGUCCAGCCGUAUGCCUUCACCACCAAGUCUCUGUUCGUGGGACACAUGGACUACAAAUACCUCCGCUGGCAGGUGGUGGACACCCCUGGUAUCCUGGACCACCCCCUGGAGGAGCGCAACACUAUCGAGAUGCAGGCCAUCACGGCCCUCGCUCACCUGCGCUCAGCCAUCCUGUACGUCAUGGACGUCUCUGAGCAGUGCGGACACACACUCGCCCAGCAGCUGCACCUCUUCAACGGCAUCCGCCCGCUAUUCGCCAGCAAGCCUCUGAUUGUGGUGGCCAACAAGUGUGAUGUGAAAAAGAUCAGUGAACUGCCAGAGGAGAAUCAGCAAAUCUUUCAAGACUUGUUGUCUGAAGGAAUCCCAGUGAUUGAGACCAGCACACUCACAGAGGAGGGAGUGAUGCAGGUCAAAACUGAGGCGUGUGACAAGCUGCUAACGUUCCGUGUGGACUCCAAGAUGAAGGGCAAGAAGGUCCAUGAUGUCCUCAACCGCCUUCACCUGGCCGUACCUAACAAGAGAGACAACAAGGAGAGGCCUCCAUUCAUACCUGAGGGAGCUGCUCUGAGGAAAAAGGCCAUGGAAGUGGACGCCCCCAAACGCAAGCUGGAGAGAGAUCUGGAGCUGGAGCUGGGUGAUGACUAUAUCCUGGAUCUGCAGAAAUACUGGGAUCUGAUGAAUGCUGAGGAGAAACAGGACAAGAUCCCGGAGAUCUGGGAGGGACACAACAUAGCCGACUACAUCGACCCUGACAUCAUGAAGAAACUGGAGGACCUGGAGCGUGAGGAGGAGUUGCGUGAGCGGGCGGGCGAGUACGAGUCGGACUCUGAGAGCGAGGACGAGGAGAUGCAGGAGAUCCGGCAGCUGGCCAGUCAGAUCCGAGAGAAGAGGAAGCUCAAGAUCCUGCAGUCACGCGAGAAGGACACCAUGGGACCACGCAUGCCCCGCACCGCCAAGAAGGUGGACAGAGCCACUCUGGAGAAGGAGAUGACUGGACUGGGCCUAGACAUGGAGGACAAAGAUGAGUCCCACUACGCAGAGGUGGCCCGGCGCUCUCGGAGCGUUGCUAAGAAACGCAAACGUGACGCAUCAGAGGCGCCCACAUCACGAACCCGGAGCCAGAGCACCUCGUCCAGACCGCCACGAGACCAGUCCGGCCUCCGAGACGUGAAGGUACACACACACACACACACACACCACAGACCAGUCCGGCCUCCGAGACGUGAAGAUGGUGAAGAAGACGAAGCUGAUGAUGAAGAGCUCUCAGAAGGGCAUGAACCAGGAUGGCCGCAAGGGCGAGUCCGACCGCCACAUCUUCAGCCUCAAGCCCAAACACCUGCUCGCAGGCAAGAGGAAGAGUGGCAGCACCAGCCGGCGAUAAACACACACACACACACACACACACACACACACACCUCUUCAGCCUCAAGCCCAAACACCUGCUCGCAGGCAAGAGGAAGAGUGGCAGCACCAGCCGGCGAUAAACACACACACACACACACACACACACACACACACACACACACACACACACACACACACACACCUCUUCAGCCUCAAGCCCAAACACCUGCUCGCAGGCAAGAGGAAGAGUGGCAGCACCAACCAGCGAUAAACACACACACACACACACACACACACACACACACACACACCUCUUCAGCCUCAAGCCCAAACACCUGCUCGCAGGCAAGAGGAAGAGUGGCAGCACCAACCAGCGAUAAACACACACACACACACACACACACACACAAUUAAUAUUGACAGAUAAAAGAUGACUAUAUACACACACACACAAUUCAUAUUGACAGACAAAAGAUGACUAUACACACACAUACCUAAACACCCACAGUAUAAGGGUGUGUGUGUGUGCGAGAUAAUCCAGAUGUGUCUAAUGAAUGCAUUUAUACGAUGGUGUUCGCUGUUCUCUGUGGAUUAAUUAAUCCCAUCAUGUCUGUGUCUAAUAAAUGCAUUUAUAUAUAUGGUA